AUGAGUUCGAAAUUUGACUUUAUCAUCCGUGGCAGCGGCACCGCUGGUUUCGCAGCGGCGAUAUGGCUGCGUUGCCUUUUCUCCUCGCGGCGUCUCCUCUUUACCCCGGAUUACGAUGAUCAUGUCCUGCUAGAAUCCCUCUCGUUUGCUCUCGAGUCUCUGCGUAGGGCCCCACUCUUGCUCUCGGUCUCAUUACGGUCCAUCGUCUGCUCGUUGCGUGACAUCAGGAUGGCACGACGCUCGCGGAUAGUGACGCCGCUACUGAUGCUGGCAUGUGCCACUUCCACUGCCUGGGCCAGCAAGAAGGUCUUUAAUAUCCACGACGAUCUCCUCGCCUACCCUCAAUACCAAGUGCUAUUUCCGGACGGCUAUCUCCUCGAAUCACAUGCUCAAGAACUCCUCUACUCCCAACAAGACGAACAUGUCGAAUACAAUGCUUUCGAUAACGAGCCAACAUACGUAGGCCAGAACCAGGCACAAGUCGCCUUGCACGAUGUUACCCACGGUAACAAAGGCGGAAGCGGAAGACUGCGACGAGAGGAAGGGGAUCUGGUCACCUACGAAGAAAUGGCUCUAGAAGGUCAGCGAUACCUGUGUCGCAUUCCCCACGUCGAGAGGGAGGACCAGAGUAAAUCCAACGGCACCCAGGAAUCGAACGAAGCGGAAGAGAAACGCGAAUUGGCCCGGGCAACGGAUCGGGGGAUGGAGCUCUUGCGCGAGAUGGAAGGCAAAUGCAUGUACUACGUGUCAGGGUGGUGGUCCUAUUCCUUCUGCUACAAAAACCAGGUGAAGCAGUUUCACGCGUUGCCGUCAGGGAGCGGCAUCCCCAACUACCCUCCCAUGGAGGAUCCCACCACGCAUUCCUUCAUCCUCGGCCGGUUUCUGCGGUCGGUGGGCGGCGAUGACGAGACGGAAGACACGGAUACCAAGAAGACCACCACGGCUCUCGCCGAGCUGCAAACGAAGGGGGGCUCGCGCUAUCUCGUGCAGCGUCUCGAUGGGGGGACGCGCUGCGAUCUGACGGGAAGGAACCGGAAAAUCGAGGUUCAGUUCCACUGCCAUCCCCAAUCCACGGACCGCAUCGGCUGGAUCAAGGAGCUCACCACCUGCUCUUACCUGAUGGUGAUCUACACUCCGCGCCUGUGCAAUGACGUUGCUUUCCUGCCCCCGCAGCAGGAACAGGUGCAUUCGAUCGAAUGCCGAGAGAUCCUCACUCCGGACGAGGUGCCCGAAUGGGAGGCGAUGCAGGAGUACCAUCAUUCCCAGCGACUGGUCGAGGCCGCAGAGACCUUGGAGUUUCCCAUUGUCGGAGACAUCCAGGUGGGAGCCCAGAAACUGGUCGGGUCGGAGGGCAAGGUCAUUGAAAAGGGCCGCGUGGCUUCUGCCGGAGAGGAGAAGGUCGACACUCUGGCCAAGCGCGAGAACGGAGAAAUCCAACGAUUGUCGCGCGAGGAGCUGAAGAAAUACGAUCUUGACCCCGAGAAGGUCGAGGAGCUCAAGCGGCAAAUGGAGGAGUGGGCCAAGGGCAAGGACUGGACGUUGGAGGUCGUCUUAGCCAACGGAGAACGGGGGCUGCGUGGGAUCGUGGACACCGACAGCGAGCAGACCGAGACGGUCGAUACGACGGGCAAGCCCCAGGGACAGGCACAAUCUUCCGAGCAGGCCGGACAGCAGGAUGCAACCGGUGAGAGGCAAAAGCCCGCGUCAGAGGGCGACCAAGCUAGUGCCGAGCAGAAUCCCCAGGGAGAGGCUGGCGAGGGCGAAGAUGUUGAACUCGAGAUGGAGCAAUUUUACAUGGUGAUUUGA